AUGCGGCGACCGUCAUUCAACCCCGGGCGGACGAAGAAUCUCAUCCAUGGCCUUCAAGGCUUCUUGAUCUUCCUCGCAUGGGCGCUCACUAUCGCUGUAUUCACAAAGGGAGGCGGUAUCGAUGGACGGACGGCGUACUAUUUCGCUUUGUGUUGGUUCAGCAUUCCCGGUCUCAUCUAUCUAGUCGCCGUGCCCAUGUGGCCUCGCGCUCGACGAUUCGGAAACGUCUACGCUUUUGCGACCGUCGACUGUCUCUACGUCCUCCUGUGGUUUGUCGCCUGGAUUUGCAUCGCCAGCUACGUAACACAAGGCAAGAGUGAGGGCAAGGACGACAGCGAUUCGAAGGACAGCGACUCGGAAGAGAAGAAGAGCGGGUGCGACAACUGGAAGUAUGGCAGCGCCAGCAAAUGCCAUGUUAGCACCGCUACCGUUCUCUUUCUUAUUACAGCCUGGAUGUCUUUCCGAAACGUCAUGCAUUUCCGCCGGACCGGUACCCUGCCCGACGCUGUCUCUGACCCCACCUUCGCCGCACAGAGCAAGGCUGCGUUCUCCUCGAACCCCGCUCAAGACUUUGAAGAAGAGGACGACUUCCGCUCUCGCGCCGGAAUGGGCUCCUCGCUUCGCGACCGCGAUGAGGACUACGCGCUGCUACACCAAAGCGAAGUGGACGACCUCGGAAACCCUGGCGGACGCGGCGCCUACGACCCGACCACCUCCGGCGGGACCGUCCUGCAUGACUACAAUGCCAGCGAGUACGGUAGCACCAGCUACGGCGGUGCCCAUGGCCAGCACUACGGGGCGCCCUCAGAAUACGACUCGACCGUGAGCGGGUACGGCCACCGCUAA